GUUUUAAACAGAGGAUUCAAAUUUGAAUUGUUUUUGAGCAAAACCGACAUAUAUAUUGUCUAAAAAUGAAGAGAAUUAAUUCUAUUAAAAACAGUAGUUUGACUGAGUCUGAAGGAAAUAAAAGUGUAAUUUUUGUGCCACAAAGCUCUCCUAAAGUCAUUGUCCUAGAUGAUUCAGACGAUGAAGAAGAAAAUAGAGGAACUGAAUACUACAAUGAGGAGCUCAACAUUUGGAUAGACAUGGAGAAUCCAAGAGAAUGGAAGGAAGUUAAUAUCAAGUCAGAUAUAGCAAUGAUAUUCGAUAAAUUGAAGGCAAAAUAUUUUUGUGGGAAGAUUGAUCCUGAAUUUAAGAUCUGUUUUGACUUAAAUCAUGCUAUUUGUGAUGGAUCUGCUUUCAAAAUAUUAGAAAAAUCUAAAGCAAUACUCGUUAAUCAAUCAACGUUAGUUCGUCCAAGAAUCCAGCAAAUUUCAAUGGUGCUUCACAUUCUGAUUCAUCUGUAUCUCAAUAAAGUAUCAGACUUUAAAAUUGGAAUUAACAAGCAUGAUGACAAUUUUCGCAGCAUAAUGCACUACCUUAAUGAACGAUUGUACUCAAACAUUUCAAUCAAUCAUAAAUUUGGAUAUACUCAGGAGGAAGUAGAUUUUCCAAAACAAUGGUGGUUUUGUACAGGAAUUUGUCAAAAUUACCUUCCAUUCCGAGGCAUAAUUCGCAGUCCAGUAAUGCCAAAUGAGACGAUGAUGUUUUGGCAAUUGCAUCACACCAAAUGCACUGGAACAUUCUUUAAAAUCUUUGAAAUUCGACAAAGAAUCUCGUCUGAAGAAGUUGACAAAAAGUAUAUUCGAUCUCCAGCAUAUAUGAAUCCACAAGCUAGCGACAUUCAAGACAAAGUAGUAGGAAAAGUCCCAAAAGCCCAACAAGGAAUGAUAAAUCCAAUUCGAGAGCAAGUUGAUCUGACAGAAGAGAGUGAUAGAUUAGUUGUUAAGAAUCUCUGUGACGUCAUUGAUCUAGACGACAGUCAGUAUAACAUUGUUGAUCAUUCCUCAACAUAUCUACAGCAAUUCAUUACAUUAAACCGAAUAGUAAAUGAGAAUAUUUGUCCAUUUUGCCUUAACCACAUAUUUGUAUCACGAAUGGCUGCACAUUUCGAUGUCUGCAUGGGAUAUCAGCAACAAGUUCAAUACUCACCAUCAUCCAGACAUUAAAUUUAAUAAUUAAACAUAGUUUGCGUUUGAAUAUUUUGUAAAAAUCUUGUUCAAAAUUUUAAGUAUGAAGUUGAUUCGUAAUUUUUGUCACUUUUGUAAGACUGACAUGUCACGACUAGUUUUCAUUCCAAAAUCAAUAAAGAUGCCAAUAGAAAAUUACGAAGAGCCUGAAGAAUGGUGUUUGAAUUUCGAAAAACCAAGCCAAGUGAGACCAAAAGCAUUUAUAAUUCAUUGUAACAAGGAAAUAAUUGGUGAUGAAGUUGGAAAGGAUGAAGCAUGUGUGUACAAAAAUCCAGAAUAUUUCUCAUAUCAUCAAUUAACAUAUUACAACAUUGAAGAGGAUUUAUAUUGCAAAAGAUGUAGACCACAGCCAUCACCAUUUUGGAGAAUUCUUUUCGAUCGUACUUCCACUAAUCGAUCACCAUAAAAUAAUUAAUUAUUUUAAUAAAUG